AGUCCAAAGUGAAAAUGGAGGAACUUCGUAAAAGAGAGUUUCUUACAUUGUUUUCUUCUUUCCAAUCUUAUCUCGAUAAAGACCAAGAUGUUCGCGAGAAAAUUAAUGGUGCUGUCCGUAAUUUGGAAAAAACAACAAGAUGUAUUUUGGCCAUAUUGCAAGCUGUUCAUCACAGUCCACAGAAAAAAAAUAUUUCUGCUAUAUGCCAACAGGCAGAGGAAAUGUUUGGAACAUUAAAAUCACAAUUUUCGGAGCUGAUAUUAUUGAUACCAGCAGGACAAUAUUACAGGUUUCAUGAUCAGUGGAGGUUUGUCAGUCAAAGGGCAGCUUUCCUUGCUUCGUUUCUUGUGUAUCUUAAGUCUGAUAAAUUGAUAACGCGAAAAGAACUUGCUGGAAUGCUUGGAAUCAAGGUGAAUCGUGAAGAAGGAUUUCAUAUUGAUUUGGAUGAUUUUCUCACUGGAUUAUUGUUGCUUGCCAAUGAACUAUCGAGAUUGGCAGUCAACUGUGUAACAGCUGAAGAAUAUGAACGCCCUCAAAACAUUUCUUCGUUCGUCUCAGAACUGGACGCUGGAUUUCGUCUGUUAAAUCUUAAGAAUGACUUUUUAAGGAAAAAAUUCGAUGGAUUAAAAUACGAUCUUAAGAAAAUUGAAGAAGUAGUGUAUGAUAUAAAGAUAAGAUGUUUAAUAAUAAAAUCUUAA